AAAGUGAUCACAUGACUGUACGGUAACCUACAUGUAAACGCUUCGCAUCCGGACUCCUGACUCCUUCAAAGUGAGGCUGUUUGUCGAAGGUCGGUUCUUUCGUACCAGCAGUACCUGUAGUCGAGAUUCACCAUGGCCUCUGCACUGACUUGCACACCUUUUACUUCGUGUUUACUUGUUUUUACGUUACUAUUUGCUAGUGUGUUUUGCGACGCUGAAGCAGAAGAUGAACAUGCCAAGCACACAUACACUGUAGAGAUGUUCAACGAAGCGGUGCCCACAGCACCCCACUUUGUCAUGUUUUACGCCCCAUGGUGUGGCCACUGCCAGAGACUGCAGCCUGCAUGGAACGAACUGGCAGACAAAUACAACAGCAUGGAUGAGCCGCCUGCAUACGUGGUGAAAGUAGACUGCGUCCAGGACACGAAGUUCUGUUCCAGCGAGCACGGCGUUAGAGGAUAUCCCACACUGAAGUUGUUUAAGCCAGACCAAGAAGCAGUGAAGUACCAGGGACCCAGAGAUCUGCAGUCUUUGGAGACGUGGAUGCUGAAGACACUCCAGGACGCGCCUUCAGAACCAGAGAGCGAACAAGAACCGCCUAAAGCUCCAGAGCCCAAACAGGGCAUGUAUGAGCUGACCGCAACAAACCUUAAGGAGCACAUAUCCAAAGGUGCCCAUUUCAUUAAGUUCUUUGCACCCUGGUGUGGCCACUGUAAAGCCAUGGCACCAACCUGGGAGCAGCUGGCCUCCACCUUCGAGCACGCCGACGAUGUCAAGAUAGGAAAGGUGGACUGCACGCAGCACUACGAGGUUUGCUCUGAGAAUGGUGUCAGAGGAUACCCAACACUACUGUUCUUCCACAGUGGACAAAAGACAGAACAGUACAAAGGGAAGAGAGAUCUGGACUCUUUCAAAGAGUUUGUGGACAACCAGCUGAAAGCUGCACUCAGUGCAGAGCAGAAGGAGGAACCAGCUGAUGAUCAAAAGUCAAAUGAGAUUCCAACCGAUGAGCCAAAAGAGGAAGAAAAGUCCGAGGUGUUGGUCCUGACUGAGAGCAGCUUUGAUGAGACGGUAGCAAAGGGCUUCACCUUUGUCAAAUUCUACGCUCCAUGGUGUGGCCACUGCAAGAAUCUCGCUCCGACUUGGGAUGAUCUUUCCAAGAAGGAUUUUCCCGGUCUCACUGACGUCAAGAUUGCCAAAGUGGACUGCACUGUUGAGCGCACACUCUGCAACAAGUACUCUGUGCGAGGUUACCCCACGUUGAUCAUCUUCAGAGCUGGGGAGCAGGGGGACGAGCAUCAUGGGGGCCGGGACCUGGAGAGUCUGCACAGCUUUGUGAUGAGGCAGGCGAGGGACGAGCUGUAGGGACGGACACCUCUCCGCCUGGGAUCUCCUUUUAUUUGGCCAGGAGAACAUUCUCUGUCCUACAGCAGCCAAAUCUGAUUUCCUUCAGGAAGGUGUUGAGCCAGUGACAAACUGAUGUCAUCAUCUGGGUCUCUAUUGUUUUACAGACAGAAUUAUUUAGAAUGUAUUUUAUUUUUAUAAAUCACCCAAACUAAAAUCUUGUCAAGAUUGUAAGAUGCUGGUUGGGCCUGUUGACCUCUGCAAGCACCGCUCCAUUGAUAACCAAAGCCUCCAAUCACAAUUGUACCCACAUGCUCAUUAAAGACAUGGUUCAAGUUUGUUGUAAGAAAGUUGUUUUCUGAGUUCUGUGGCUGUUUUUCUUAGUCAUUUUAAAUUGUAAGUCAUUAUUGUUGUGACUCAAAGCUGUAAAUAUGAUGAGGUUGAGGGGUUAUCUUGAUGGUACUUCAUAUGCAUCUGCUGAAAGCCCAUCUGACUCAACUCUCAGGGAAACAACCAAGUGGAUCAGAAAGAAUUAUGGACGCAAGAUUGAGGUUAAUGUAAUAAUUUGACCCAUGAAUGAUGAACAGAUUUUGUUUCACUUCACUGAAUAGAAAAUAUUUGGUAAUAAUUGCCUUCACUUUGUGAGACAUUUAACUUUCUUCUUGGUUUUUAUGUUAUCUUAAAGUGGACCAUGUAAGUAUUGUUUAGUUUUCCUUUAAAAAAGCAAAUCCAAAUCCAGUUUUCUUAUUUGGAUUCACUUUUUCAAAGUGGCCCAUGAUUUAAAACUGCGAAUGUUUUAAUCAAGUGAAGUGGAUCACAGAUGGCUGCUCAGGGUCAGGAGGUCCAUCUAUGUUCAUACCUUUUUAUCACUGAUUAUUUUAUAGGUUAAAGCAGCUGCAUCUAUGGCUCAGUAUCCUUCAAAUUUCCUGGUACCAACAGGAAUUGCUGUAUUAGGUGAAUCUUCUAUAAGCACCUGACUGGUGGUCUGGUUAAAAACUAAAGCUAAACUUGCACCAACAUCAUUCUUUGUUUUCAGUAAACUGUUCCUACAUGCUGCAGAAAUUAGUUGCAUCCAUAACCAAGGUUUUUUUUUUUUUUUUUUAUGGAUCAGGGAAAUGAACCAGAAUGUGUGAACUCCAUCUGCCAGCCUGUGUCAACGUAUAUGUUCUUGACCCUUAUGUGAAAAAUGUGCUGAGUGAUGCAGGACAGCUUUUAUUGUCCAACCCAGGUACAGAAAUGGGCAGUUUUUUUAUGAAAACACAUGGCCUAAAGGAGCCCAGUGACAGAAGUAUAUAUUUUUUCUUUUCAUGGGGCCAUGGGUUGUGCUCCACCCAAAAGGUUUUGUAAAAAAAAAAAAAAGUAAAUUGUAACAUACGAUUUCAUAAUAAAUUUUGCAAAAAUA